AUGGUAUUUACUCGAGAACACAAAGACUUGGUGAUUGAGGGAGAGAAAUGGAUGAAGUCAACUGUAGAGUCUUACACAAUUACAGCUGCAUUAAUCAUCACAAUUGCGUUUGCAGCAGCAAUUACAGUGCCAGGAGAUAGCAAUCAGGACAAAGGAAUACCAAUUUUUACAAACAACACUGCCUUCACAAUAUUUGCAAUAUCAGAUGCUAUAUCACUAUUUUCAGCUGUUACAUCAUUGUUAAUGUUUUUGUCAAUCCUCACUGCACGUUUUGCUGAACAAGACUUUCUCUUCAAGUUACUUACAAAGUUAAUUGAUAAUUGGUUUAACCACCUUGUUCAUCUUAACGACAGCUAUGAUAGUAGCUUUUGGUGCAAUGUUGUACUUGGUAUUUGGCCAAACAAAUUCAUGGAUUCUUAUUCCCAUAGAUGUGUUAACCUGCCUACCAAUUACUUCAUUUGUGACCUUGCAGUUCCCUCUUGUCCUAGACUUGAUGAGUGCCACAUAUGGUCGGAGUAUUUUUGGUGA